UGAAGUCCCAGACGGCCCACCCCAGAGGAACCCAGAGACAGUUCUCUCACUCUGCUGCUGCAGACAAAUCAGCCUCCAUGAUCAAUGGCAGGAGUCAGCUCUCCACAGAGGUACACCACCUUACCAUAACUCACGCGAUUGAUGAUAUGGUAUUUGAGCAGAUACUUUAUUGAUCUAUUUAUCGGUUGUUCUCUCUCUCUCUCUCUCUCUCUCUCUCUCUCUCUCUCUCUCUCUCUCUCUCUCUCUCUCUCACUCAGGUGGAUGACCUCAAGGCUAAGGUCAGUGUUGCCGGGGUAACACUGACUGACAGCAGCGUGUGGAACACAGUGGACUCAGAGGUCCUCCUCCUACAGGCCACCGACACUCCUCCACCCCUACCUUCCUUCGGACUAGAGGAACAACAGUCCCCCUUCGUCUCUCCUUCUCCCUUGCCCUCCCUCGCUGACCGAGCCCUCGCCCGACUCAACAGCCAAUCCCACUCAUACCUAACCAAUCAGAGAGGGAGCCCACCUCUGGAGUCACCUAACCUCAGGUAUCAAGCUCAUUCAUGCGACCCCCUGUUACUCAAGGCAUUGGGUUUCUUUUUAGAUCAAGAGAAGUUCUCUUUCAAAUAUUUGUUUCGAUAUCUCUCGUGGGAUAUGGCCAACUCCCUUAUCGCAAACAUGCUCUCCGAAGCCAGGUAGUCUCAACGUAUCAAUCCUCACAGGCCACGAAACUGAGGACAGUAUGUACCAAUUAAGGUGCAGUGACGUCUAGCCAGUAGAACCUCACAAAAGUAUUAGGGGAUGCCCAACAAGCCGCAUCACAAAUCUCAGGCCCUCCCGAGGCUGUAUCCCCUUUCUAUUAUAGGCCAAUAUAAUAGCUUCCACAAUCCAAUGUAACAACCGUUGACAAGAGAGGGGCCUACCUUUGUGCAAAGCUCUUGUUCUAUCCAAGUAAAUGUGCGUACUGGACAAACGGUGGAGACGCUCUUCUUACGUACAAGGGAAGAGUGGCGGGUGGAAAACCACAAGCUCCAAGGCGAGACGAUUGUAAUUGCUGCUGACCUUACGCAUAAAGGCGGGGUUGGAAAACAACGAAACCAUGAAAAACCCUGGGCAAACUGUAGGCACGAAUGGUGAACUGAAGGCAUGCAGCUCGCUCGCUUUGCGGAUGUAAGGGUGACCUGUAAAGUGGUCUUAAAGCAGAGCUAUGUCAUCUCCACGCUUUCCAGUGGCUCAAAAGGCUGCUGUGAAAUAGCCUCAAGCACAAUAGACGGAUCCCAAGACGGGGCUAAAGGUUUGGAAACUGGACGUAAGCGACGAACCCCAUUCGUGAUACGACAUAACAAGAAGUGUUUUCCCACCGUGUUAUUGUCGAAGCCUAUAUGACAAGCCGCGAUAUCGACUAGAUAGACCUUAACAGUGGAGAAGGCCUUUCCUCUGUCCAAAAGGUUGUGCAAAAAAGCAUAAAACCUCGGAUACAGAGCAUUGGUAAGGAAUGAUCUGUUUUUGGUCACACCACUUCUCAAAAACACACCACUUGUUUCCAUACAGUGAGCGUGUAGAAGGAGCCGUAGCACUCUGGAUAGUCUCAAUGACUCUGAGAGGCCGGCCUGUCGCAUCCAGAUUUAACCUCUCACGUCCGGGUGAGGGCAGAACAUCUCUCUGUUCAAUUGGCUUAGAAGUUCCCUGCAUAAUGGGAGUUGCCAGGGCUCGUCGUACAGCACGAGAAUGAUCUUCACUAUCCAGAGCUUGCCUGUCCACUGAGGAGCUACUAAGAUGAAGGAAUAUGCCUUCUUCCCUCCCCUCACUCUGACUAGAGUGGGGAGUAUGAGGCUUAGAGGAGGAAAGGCGUAAAGCAACACCCCUGGCCAAAGGUGUGCCAGCGCGUCCACUCCCAGUGGUGUCUCCUGCUAGCGCGAAGAACAGCGGGCAGUCCGUGUUUUCGUGCGAUGCGAAGACAUCUAUGGAUGCUUGACCGUAUCUCUCCCAGAUCUGUUUUCACCACUUGGGGUAAUUUAUGUGAGCAAUGUGGAAUUGCGCCCCAGCCCGUGAGUGACGCGUCUGUUGCCACCACCAUCCUCUUUGCCACUAACCCUAGGGGAGUGCCAGGAACGAAGAUCGAAGGGCUCUUCCAGUGACGGAGAGCAGAGACACAUGCGGAUAUCACAUUUAUCCGACGAUUGAGGUGAUGCCAUGUACACACAUUUUGGGCAAACACCCAGCGCUGGAAGUCUCUCAUCCUCAGUAGUCCCAGUGGUACUACUGAGAUGGUGGAAGCCAUCAACCCAGCACUCUGAGUCAUGUUCUGAACGUGACCGAGCACCCCGUUUGCCCUGGGAGAGGCACUGUCGGAACGACCUGAUGUGGUUGUCCGAGAGGGUUGCGUGAUAAGAGCGAAAAACCAGCAUUACGCCUAGGUAUUCUAGUUUCUGUAUUGGCACCAAACAGCUCUUUAUCUGAUUGAUCUUGAACCCUAGCUCUGAGAGGUGGCUUACAAGGGAAGUUGUGUCUUGUACUGCUCCCGGGCUGGGGAGCAAAGCAGGUAAUGUAGGCGGAGACUCUAAACCCCUUGUUUCUCAGGGGUGUCAGAGCUGCCUCUGCACGUUUGCUGAACGUACGGGAAGCUAAUGCUAGCCCGAAGCAAACCUUAGAAACCUUCUGUGUGCUGUCAGGAUCAGGUCGACUGAUGUGAACCAGUCACCUCAACGAAUAGAGCGAGACAGUAUAUUGAACGUAAGCAUACGGAAUGUGAACUUUUUCAGAUAGCCAUGGAGGACCCAUAGGUCCAGAAUUGGGCGUACCCCUCCCCCUUUUUUGGGGAACCAGGAAGUACUGGGAGUAGAAGCCGAGGUUAGCUCUCUGCCACUGGUACCGCCCUGAUAGCCUCUUUGCUUAAUAGAGAGGAGAUUUCCUGUUCUAAUAUGCGUGCCGAGUCGCCAGUCGCUAUUGAUUCCAAAACUGUUGAAAACGUGUGGUCUCAGAGUGAACUCCUGUCUGUACCCUUUCGUAACCAUGGACCAGACCCAGGGCUGUACUGCGCAUGCACGCCAGUUGCCUGCUCUUGUGGCAUGUAGUGGUGAUGUUACGUUUGAUACCGGAACUCCAAGGCAUGCGUUGAAAUCGUUAAGCAGUUUACUUCGAUGCAGUGUGCCGAUGCUUGUAUCACUUUAUCAGAAGCACGUGAUCAAUGAUGUCCGAAGCUUUGUUUUGUCGAACAACCACCUGAUUGGUUUGGUAUUGGUUUUGGUAGAAGACAAAAAAGCUACUCUGCACACGCGCUACAGCGUAUGGGAUGUCAUCUAUAAUAAUUUGGCUGUUCUAAAUUAUUUUGACCAGCAGGUGCCACUAGUGUACACUGUGUUGAUCAAAGCCUCGUAAUGAACCUAUUUGACACAAUUGCUGGGAAAUGCUCAAUGUUUCAGGAAGCUUAGUUUCCUGAUCACUAGUGUGUAGCCCACAGGUCGGUAGACUCUCGCUCACCAGUGGUGCCGGAGCACCUUCUUGAGGCGAUGGAGUGAGUUGCCCUUUCAUUGUAUUUUUGCUCUGUUUGGGGGGGGGGGGGGGGGGGGGGGUGUUGUGGCACACAGGGCACUCGGGGGUAGAGUGGAUUCCCUCUGAUUUCCUUAAGAGUGAAAGCAUGGAAGUGGGUCGAUGCACAAAGGAAAGGGUUCUAGGAUCACAGAUGUGCCUCGCCCCCAUUGUAAUGGGGUGUGGGGGGAAGUCUGUUCUCCACCUGAGAGGUGGCAGGGGCGUACCCCUAGGUCGUCGCACUUUCUUCCCCAUAGGGGAAUUAGCUGGGCGGGACCUCUGUGGCUGCAGCGAAGGACCAUUUUCCCCACUGUCGGCCCCUGUUUGGGGAUCUGAACUGUGGGAUCGAAGCCCGCUGCAUCGCUGGGGACGUCGCGUGGAAGGCCCUGGUGCCAGCGAAUUGCCCUCUCCCUGCCGUGAUACCCUGGCUCGCCAAGGUUCCCGGGUCUACGGGGAAGGCAGAAGUUGACGGCUUCGCACUCCUGCCACAUGGUGGCGACAGUUCCUUCAGCUCGACAGGAGCGUCAAGGAAAUCUGCUUUCUCUUUGUCCGAAAGGCUGGACAAGUUGAGCCACAAGGUUCUCUCCCCCACCACUGCAUGUCUCAUGGCACGGCCACAGCCUUGAAUGGUGCCUCUGGAGGCUCGGAGAUUGAGGUCUGUGACGAUACAGAUCUCACCCCAAAGGUCUGUGUUAGGCUUGCCAACAGCUAGGAGAUUAUGCAUCUCCAGCAUCAAAAUAGGCCUGGUAGGCCAGCAGUAGGGACGUAACAUUCAAAGCCUGUACAGAACGUACGGCAGACACGUAGACCUUUUGGUAGAUGGACACCGGUGGCUUGCCGAGGCCCAGCCUCUCCAUGUUUUGACAUUCAUGUUGGCAUAAAGUCUGGUUUUGGCUUUGCCGGUCAACUGUUUGUCCCAGUUACAUUUGGCUUCUGCCACACAAGCUGGGAUGGUUGGGAGGAGUUGCUUGCCUGGGACGGUGUGGGAGGGGAGUUUUCUCCCGUCGUACCAGUCGUUCUCUGCGCUGCCACCCCUCUCGGUUUCGGGCCACUCAAUGCUGAGUCUGGCCACUGGCCGUUUGCAGACAUCGAUGAGUGAGUAUCUGUCAUCUGCCAUCAAUGCGUCGCUAAUGGCGGAAGAGGGCCUAGAGGUAAGAGCUUGCGCCUUCUGUUCCUCCUCCGCUGCCUGAAGGAGGUUGGUCAUGCCCUCGCUAUCGUCGUCGUCGAUAACGAGGUCCCCUUCCCCUACCCCCUCCUCUGCAGCCAAGCCCUGGAAGAGUGGGUGAAGGCCCUCGGUAUAGACAUCCAAGACAUCGGCCCAUGAGGUCUAGGUCUGGGUCUGUGAGGUAGUCUCCCCGCUCGAAGGCAGUGCGGGACACGAACCACGCUGAGCUGCUCUGCACUCUCUCUGACGAAGGGUGUUAGCAGGAAAAACCCUACAAUGGACACAUGACUGCGGGUCGUUGAACGCCGCUUCCUUGCCUGAUAUGGUUGUCUCGCAUGGACACGGGUGUGCCAGUGCUGGGGUAGGGGCCGGAUCUUUGCUCGGUGUCCCUUGGGCCAAGCUAGCAGGCUCCAUGGCUCCCAAAAACAGCUAAUCCGAGAACAAAGUGAAACGUAACUAGCAUUCGCCACGUGGGCUAAUAGCCUAGCUAGUUAGCACAGUGCUAGCUGGAGAAAGCUAAUCCUGUGCAGUCAAAAACGUAAUUUUACUGUGUUUUAUAUAUAUUUCCACACUAUGAGGUUGGAAUAAUACUGAAAAAUAUGAUAAUACACUUUGAGUGAAACUGUUUGAAAAGAGUGCCUGAAAUUUCAGCAUGUUUUGGUGGGAUGGAGUUUUUGCCUUCCAUUGUUUCUUUUUACCAUUUUAAUUUAAAACAGUAAGGUACUUAAUUGUUAUCCAGAAAUGAUUUGAUAUUGAGAUAGAAACGGCUGCAUUGGACCUUUUACAAUGUGAACGUAGCUAGCGUUCACCUUGUGGGCUAGUAGCUUAGCUAGUUAGCACAAUGUUAGUCAAAGGAAGCUAGCACUUUGUUAGUCUUGCAAUGAACAAAAGUAUGGCUCUCGACCGAUAAGCAGUGAAGCUAGGACGGUCGGUCUAGUCAACGCGGCACAGUAGUGGGUUGAGCUAAACGAGAGAGAGAGCUAGUAAUUCUACCCUUCCAGGUAGAAAAGCUAGUUGGUAGAAUAGCAAGUCUUGUGGCAUACUAGCCAGGUUAGCUGAGGAGAGCUUAGAAAAUAGUACUCUUCAUGAUGAAGAGAGGUGAGAAUGACCAGAGGGCGGGCGAGUGGCUCCUUAUAAUGAUGGGAGGGGCUCACCUCAUUCGCCACUCUACGACAGACAUGUGUGAGGUUCCUCGAGCUUCUGAGAUUCUGGUGAAACCCACAUGUGAGAUAUUGAAAUGAAUAAUUGAAAGAUAAACUAUGUUAUUAUGUCUAUUUGUUAUGUAUGUACCUGUUAACCAACAGGUGUCAACAAUAAAAUUGCUUAAAACAUUUAGAUUAAAGUAGUUCAAGAGCGUUGAGAUAUCAUAUCAGCAUUGUUGACUGAAAGAAACCAAAAGUGCUGCAUCACAGUUGCGUGUUACUGUACUGCGAUAAUAAACUGAAGAUUACAGUUGAAGUUGGAAGUUUACAUACACUUAGGUUGGAGUCAUUUAAACUCGUUUUUCAACCACUCCACAAAUUUCUUGUUAACAAACUAUAGUUUUGGCAAGUCGGUUAGGACAUCUACUUUGUGCAUGACACAAGUAAUUUUUCCAACAAUUGUUUACAGACAGAAUAUUUCACUUAUAAUUCACUGUAUCACAAUUCCAGUGGGUCAGAACUUUACAUACACUAAGUUGACUGUGCCUUUAAACAGCCUGAAAAAUUACAGAAAAUGAUGUCAUGGCUUUAGAAGCUUCUGAUAACCUAAUUGACAUAAUUUGAGUCAAUUGGAGGUGUACCUGGGGCGGCAGGUAGCUUAGUGGUUAAGAGCCUUGUGCCAGUAACCGAAAGGUCGCUGGUUCUAAUCCCCGAGCCGACUAGGUGAAAAAUCUGUCGAUGUGCCCUUGAGCAAGGCACUUAACCCUAAUUGCUCCUGUAAGUCGCUCUGGAUAAGAGCGUCUGCUAAAUGACUAAAAUGUAAAUGUAAAUGUACCUGUGGAUGUAUUUCAAGGCCUACGUUCAAACUCAGUGCCUCUUUGCUUGACAUCAUGGGAAAAUGAAAAUAAAUCAGCCAAGACCCCAGAAAAAAUAUUGUAGACCUCUACAAGUCUGGUUCAUCCUUGGGAGCAAUUUCCAAAUGCCUGAAGGUACCACGUUCAUCUGUACAAGCAAUAGUAUGCAAGUAUAAACACCAUGGGACCACGUAGCAGUCAUACCGCUCAGGAAGGAGACGCGUUCUGUCUCCUAGAGAUGAACGUACUUUAGUGCGAAAAGUGCAAAUCGAUUACAGAACAACAGCAAAGGACCUUGUGAAAAUGCUGAAGGAAACAGGUACAAAAGUAUCUAUAUCCACAGUAAAACAAGUCCUAUAUCGACAUAACCUGAAAGGCCGCUCAGCAAGGAAGAAGCCACUGCUCCAAAACCGCCAUAAAAAAGCCAGACUACGGUUUGCAACUGCAAAGAUCAUACUUUUUGGAGAAAUGUCCUCUGGUCUGAUGAAACAAAAAUAGAACUGUUUGGCCAUAAUGACCAUCGUUAUGUUUGGAGGAAAAAGGGGGUACUUGCAAGCCGAAGAACACCAUCCCAUCCGUGAAGGACGGGGUUGGCAGCAACAUGCUGUGGGGGUGCUUUGCUGCAGGAGGGACUGGUGCACUUCACAAAAUAGAUGGCAUCAUGAGGAAGGAAAAUUAUGUGGAUAUAUUAAAGACAUCAGUUAGGAAGUUAAAGCUUGGUCUCAGAUGGGUCUUUGAAAUGGACAAUGACCCGAAGCAUACUUCCAAAGUUGUGGCAAAAUGGCUUAAGGACAACAAAGUCAAGGUAUUGGAGUGGCCAUCACAAAGCCCUGACCUCAAUCCUAUAGAAAAGUUGUGGGCAGAACUGAAAAAGUGUGUGCGAGCAAGGAGGCCUACAAACCUGACUCAGUUACACCAGCUCUUUCAGGAGGAAUGGGCCAAAAUUCACCCAACUUAUUGUGGGAAGCUUGUGGAAGGCUACCCGAAACGUUUGACCCAAGUUAAACAAUUUAAAGGCAAUGCUACCAAAUACUAAUUGAGUGUAUGUAUACUUCUGACCCACUGGGAAUGUGAUGAAAGAAAUAAAAGCUGAAAUAUAUAAUUCUCUCUACUAUUAUUCUGACAUUUCACAUUCUUAAAAUAAAGGGGUGAUCCUAUCUGACCUAUGACAGGAAAUGUUACUAGGAUUAAAUGUCAGGAAUUGUGAAAAACUGAGUUUAAAUGUAUUUGCCUAAGGUGUAUGUAAACUUCCGACUUCAACUGUAAAUGUUAUGUAAGAUUACAUAUAUUGUUAGUUCUUACCUGAACAAAUAUAUUAAGUAUUUUCUCAUAGUGUGAGGCUUUCUCUAUGUGGAUACUGUAGUGUAUUCAGAUAGUCUCGAUCCCAUACUGUAUGUGAUGUAGCCAAUUUAUCUACUUUUACCUUGGGCCAGCUGUUGGUUUCAGCACUUAGAGUAUGGAUACGAGGAGGCUGUAGUAAUAAUAUAAUAAAUGCCAUUUAGCAGACACUUUUAUCCUAAGCGACGUACAGUCAUCUGUGUACACAUUUUACGUAUGGGUGGUCCUUGGAAUCGAACCCACUAUCCUGGCGUUGCAAGCCCCAUGCUCAACCAAUUGAGCUACAGAGGACCACCAGUGCGGUCGGAUGAGCCUUUAUGUUGACGUUCCCUCCUCUCUCUCUCUCCCUGACAGCCCCGGUCUGGUAGCUCUAGUGAUUGACAGUGAGGAGGAGGGGGUUCUUGUGAAGUCUCCCCUCUCUCCCCUCUCUCCCCUGAUCUUUGACCCUUGUAACAGCGGGGACGACAUCUCCCCAGACCUCACCUGCACACGCACACACUCUGCCUCCUCAGCCGGCGACCCCACCCCCACAAAGGUACCAGGCAGAAGCUAUCUUGUCCACCCUCACACACAGAGACUCACAAAAGAAAUGUCAUUGUUUCACUCCUCCUCCAUUGACAAUCUACUGACUAUUCAAAUGAAAUGAAAUCAAAUUGUAUUUGUCACAUACACAUGUUUUGCAGAUGUUAUUGCGGGUGUUGCAAAAUGCUUGUGUUUCUAGCUCCAACAGUGCAGUAUAUCUAACAAUUCCACUCCAAAGGAGGUUGUAAGGACCAAUAUAUUAGGGCCUACUGUAAAUCUAAAACGUAUAUAGCUCCUCACCAUUGUGUUGACCUAAGUGUUUUGUGUUGUGUUGUAUUUUUCCAGGAUAUGGGCGACCAGAGGAUCAGACACCGCUCCUACUCCUACUCCUCCCCCAAGAUCAGCCUGCUGCCCUCCCGCUUCUCCCGUGACACCUCAGCCCAGCCUGCGACAUCUAACCUCAGCCCAGGUUAGUGUUCGUGGGACCUUUUACAGUUAUUAACCCCCCAUUGAGAAACCCUUCCUGAGAACUUUCCCACUAGGCACACAAUGGUUGAAUCAACGUUGUUUCCACGUCAUUUUAAUGAAAUUACGUUAAACCAACCUUGAAUAGAUGUUGAAUUGACGUCUGUGCCCAGUGGGUUAUUACUUCGAUUGGAAGAAAGGUGACAGGGUUUUCUGAGAACAUGAUGAUAUUGAUUGUCCCAUCGUUUGCAAUGCCUACAGUUCUGAUAAAUACAGUUCUGAUAAAUACAGUUCUGAUAAAUACAGUUCUGAUGAAUGUUAUAGCUGCAUAACGGAGUAAGAUACUCAACACUUUUUUUUAUUAAAAUAUAUUUUCCGUCAAAUAUUGAUGGAAUUAUAGCACAUAAACAAUUGUAUAUUGAGAGACAUAAAACCUAUGGAAUCCAGACAUUUUGGUGUGACUUCAGGUAUUCAAUUGAAUUUCAAAUAUACAGACAAUAUAAUGACAAAGCAAAAACCGUUUUUAGAAAUUUUUGCUAAUGUAUUAAAAAUAAAAAACGGAAAUAUGACAUUUACAUAAGUAUUCAGACCCUUUACUCAGUACUUUGUUGAAGCACCUUUGGCAGCGAUUACAGCCUCGGGUCUUUUUGGGUAUGACGCUAUAAGCUUGGCACACCUGUAUUUGGAGAGUUUCUCCCAUUCUUCUCUGCAGAUCCUCUCAAGCUCUGUCAGGUUGGAUGGGGAGCGUUGCUGCACAGCUAUUUUCAGGUCUCUCCAGAGAUGUUCGAUCGGGUUCAAGUCCGGGGUCGGGCUGGGCCACUCAAGGACAUUCAGAGACUUGUCCUGAAGCCACUCCUGCGUUGUCUUGGCUGUGUGCUUCGGGUUGUUGUCCUGUUUCAAGGUGAACCUUUGCCCCAGUCUGAGGUCCUGAGCGCUCUGGAGCAGGUUUUUGUCAAGGAUCUCUCUGCUCAGUUCAUCUUUGCCUCGAUCCUGACUAGUCUCCCAGUCCCUGCCGCUGAAAAACAUCACCACAGCAUGAUAUUGCCACCACCAUGCUUCACCGUAGGGAUGGUGCCAGGUUUCCUCCAGACGUGACACUUGGCAUUCAUGCCAAAGUGUUCAAUUUUGGUUACAUCAGACCAGAGAAUCUUGUUUCUCAUGGUCUGAGAGUCUUUAGAUGCCUUUUGGCAAACUCCAAGCGGGCUGUCAUGUGCCUUUUACUGAGGAGUGGCUUCCGUCUGGCCACUCUACCAUAAAGGCCUGAUUGGUGGAGCGCUGCAGAGAUGGUUGUCCUUCUGGAAGGUUCUCCCAUCUCCACUGAGGAACUCUAGAGCUCUGUCAGAGUGACCAUUGGAUUCUUGGUCACCUCCCUGACCAAGGCCCUUCUCCCCCGAUUGCUCAGUUUGGCCGGGCAGGCAGCUCUAGGAAGAGUCUUGGUGGUUCCAAACUUCAUCCAUUUAAGAAUGAUGGAGGCCACUGUGUUCUUGGUGACCUUCAAUGCUGCAGAAAUAUUUUGGUACCAUUCCCCAUAUCUGUGCCUCGACACAAUCCUGUCUCGGAGCUCUACGGACAAUUCCUUCAACCUCAUGCCUUGUUUUUUGCUCUGACAUGCACUGUCAACUUUGGGACCUUCUAUAGACAGGUGUGUGCCUUUCCAAAUCAUGUCAAAUUAAUUGAAUUUACCACAGGUGGACUCCAAUCAAGUUGUAGAAACAUCUCAAGGAUGAGCAAUGGAAACAGGAUGCACCUGACCUCAAUUUCGAGUCUCAUAGCAAAGGGUCACCGUGGCUUUCUCCCAAAGACGUGCAACAUUACUUAUUCAUGAUUGAUGUGAUCUAUAAUAUUAAACACAAGGCGUAAAUGUUUUGUACCAUAAUAGUACCCACCUGUUGUGAACAUGAACAUAUCGCUCUAGAAUUAACCAAUGCAUAUAGGGGAAAGAUAAAAAAUUGCACAAUUGAUUUAGAUAUGUGGAUUUGUCUGUCUGCUUUCUUUUCUGAGUGGCGAGUUCUGAGUGUUCAUGUAGUUGCCGUGUCAGUGUGUUUAAUCCCUAUCGAUAUAUCAACUUUGAUAAACACGUGGGCCAAAACCUUUUAGUCCCAUGUCAAAAAUGUCUGACCAUACCCCCAUCCUUUUGAGACAUUGUUUCACACUUUUCCCCGAUAGUAAAGUCCAACAGAAAAUGUGAUUUGCAGAGGUAAUUGUAUGAAUAUUGUCAGUUUGAAAGCAAUCUGUGAAGUGACAGUUAGUUGACAAUUGGUUAUCCACUUCUCAAACACAGCCAAAUGAAUGCUGAACAGAGCUGUAUUCUCAGGUGGGCGUGGCUUGGGCCUUGCUACUAUUUGACUAGGGCCCGUAUCCACAAAGUGUCUGAGACUAGGAUCUGUCCAUAUAAUCAUAUUCAUUGUGUAGUCCCCUGUAGCUCAGUUGGUAGAGCAUGGCGCUUGCAACACCAGGGUUGUGGGUUCGUUUCCCACGGGGGGCCAGUAUGAAAAUGUAAGUCGCUCUGGAUAAGAGCGUCUGCUAAACGACUAAAAUGUCAAAUGAUCUAAAAGGCAAAACUGAUCCUAGAUCAGCACUCCUAUUACGUUUGUGGAUACAGGCCCUGGAUUGAACUCAGCUGAGCUAGCCUGUCUCUCUUCACUUAUUUGGUUUGUCAUGGGAGUUUGGCUGGUACAGUAAGCAGUAGGCCUACUCUCUGUAGUUGGAUGAUCAUGCUCUCUGUGUCGUCACUAACUAACUGUAGCCACUUCAGUAGAUCGCCAACUACUGUUUAUAGCUAACAUGUAACUAACAUGAAGGACCUCUGACCUUCUCAUCCAAUGGGUUUUGAGAAGGAUGCGAGGAGAGAGGUCGCAAGGAAUUAAGGAAAUGCAAUUGAGAUUUUCCCCCUACAUGGCUCUGGUCACAUCCUUGCCUCCCUCUGUUCCUUUGAGUGGCCUAGUGAGUGCUAUGUCCACUCUACCCUGUAGAUGGCGUUUUCCACAGUGUGAGCCACAGCCGGUUUCGCCUGCAGGCCCUCUCUCUGUCUAAAUCUCUGUCUCUACUCCACCCUUCUAGUAAGUACAGCUUACCUUAGAUCCUCUAUCUAUCCAUCACUCGCUCUGUGCUAACACCAGGCAUGGCAGGCAUGUGGCUACUGUGUGUGGUGCAUAGGUAUGUAGGUGUGCUUGUAUGUCAGUGUUUAUGUAGGGUGAGGGCAUAGGUAAGUGCAUCGGCUGACUAGGCUAUCCUGCCAAAUCACAGCGUAAGCUCAGCGUUGCUGGGUUGUGGGUAGGGGGGGGGUCAGACUUGAUUGUGUCGAUUGAUUUUCAUCCAUAAUGUUGCUCAUGCUGUUUCAUUUCACACAGAGGGUUCAUGUCUGUCUUGUCCUCCACAGAACAGAGAGAGUUCAGCCUAUCAAAGCAGACUCAAGAAAAAAGGUGUGUAUCCACUGACGUAGUGUGUUUGUCUAAAGUGAGUCUGACAUUUUUACGGUUCCAUACAGUUUUCCCCUAAUUCCCAGGCUCUCCAGCCUUCACCAUGACUACUUGGUUAGUUACCGGGCGACCGAGGGUUCUCUCUCUUUUGUGGAGUCCCUGGUUGUCUUUAUAUCAAGACAAGGGGUGGCAGGUAACUUAGAGAGGCUAGCCAGCAACCGGAGGGUUGCCAAUUCGAAUCCCGGGUCCGACUUGAAAAAUCGAGCGGGAAGUGCGCUGGCAACUGGAUGGUUGCUGACAUAAAAUCCUACAUGCCGUUGUGCCCUUGAGCAAGGCACUUAAACCCCCACAAUAACAGCUCUUUGUUUAACUCCAGGCUUUGUUUGUAUAACUCUGUUACUGUGCCACAGCUUGUAGGGCUGUUUUAACCUUGUGUCACAGGUAGGGGUGUAGAGAUAUGACUAAACUGUAAGCCCAUUGUGCUCAGACAGUGUUUAUUUAUCAAUGCAAAUUUUGUCCAAUGCAAAUUUCAAAUGCAGGGCCUGUGCUCAGAUGAAGUUAGGCUAAUGCACAGUAACUGUGUGACACAGUGAGUGUAGUAGGAUUUACUGUAUAGUAUCCUUUGAGUUAUUAGGCUCCAGCAAAAGAGGGACGGACAAAGAAAAGGCAUCCUCUUUAUUUCCUGCUUCACUAUGUCCUUCAUUGUGAUGAGAUGCUGCCGGGAACCAUGCCAACUACCUUUGUCCUCUCCUUCCAUUCAGCAGUUAAAAUGUCCUGAACACACACAGUCACAGUACUAUAGCUCCCUCUAGAGUAUGUUUCCUGUACCUGUCAGUGUGUACCAGAGCUGUGUGUGUGUGUGCGCGCAUGUUAGUGGAUGUGUGUGUGUUCAUGUACUGUAUGUAUCAGAGCUGUGUGUGUAAUGUGUGUGUGUCCCUAGGGAGUUAAGGUUCCGUAAGCGUGCCCAGUCUGCAGACGACGAGGGCAGCGUUGAGCUGGCGGAGUCCCUCCAACACCUCACUCUCUCAGAGUUUCUCAAAGAGUACGUGGGCAUCGCCCCCUUCUGGGCUGCCAGCCCUGGCCCUUCCUCUCCACUGGGCAGAUAGCCCACAGCCUUUAACCCUACAGGAACUCCCCUGAUCUGGAAGCCAGCCCUCUAGUCACUAGCUUCAGCCUCUAACCCCUUCAAGCCAACCAUUUUAACCCUACAACUCCCCUGUGCGCAUCCUGACAUUUAACCUCUACGUUUGUGCCCACAAUGCUCUCUGCCUAGCAUGGCAUCAAAAAUAACCUUUAGAGAUCGCACUUGUAUGCUGUUGAUGUCAAUGAAUGAACCAUGUUUGAUUACCAUACGUGUGCUGCACGUGUAGGUAACUACUACUGUGUAACCCUUAACCCAUAGUGCUCUACCAGUGGACUUUGACCUCUCAGGGUGAAGGGGCCUAACCUCCCAUUAGGAUUCUAUACUGUUCAAAUAAUUGCUUUGUAACACUGAGCUGCCACCAACUUUAAGGAGACGACAUCUUAACAUUGAUGGAGUUUUGACCAGACCUUGUCUUAAUUGUGUAAUAAACAUCUAUGGUUGGCUUUGUGGUGCAUGUGCUCUAACUGUACACUUGAUCCAGCCUGGUGUGACAGUCACAGGCUGAUUGAACUACUAACCAAAUACCAUGUUUACUAUAAGGCUUGUGCUUUCAUAAGUUGUAUGCAGAGUUUAUACGUUUUUGUUUCCACAUGGCCUCAUUAGCUAGGUUUCCAUCCAAUUGCUGGCAGAUUUUCAUGCGAACUUAAAUCUGCAUAAAAACAAUAUGCCAUUUUCCUACCAGAGAUGUGUUUCCAUCAAAUUGACUUUUUCACCAGAAUAAGACCCUUGAUAUUUAUUGAAAGCAGCAUCAAGCUCAUCACCGUACACUUUCACCACCCUAUGAAGUUCAUCACAACUUAUUCCAUCUGUAGUUGUUGGAUGGAAACCUGGUUAUAGAUGAAAAACUAAGUCCGAAAAUUACUACUAGUAGAAACGAACUAUGAGUAAUAAUUAAUUUGAGAUGACCAGGCAGAAAUAAAGAAAGAUCAGCAAAAAAGACUCUAGUAUGGAUACCGUUUAUAAAACCAACAACAUAUGAAAGUCACAUGAUGCUAACACCGUUGUGUCUGAACAGAAUUGAAGAAGAGGAGUGGGACAAGUACAACAUCCCUUCCAAGGUGGAAUCAGAGAAAUACAAAGUGAUUCGUACCUUCAGCUUCCUCAAGAGCAGGAUUUCGAACACAUGCAACAAGAACAAGGUAAACACUAUUUUAACACUAAUCGUGAGAUUAGGUAAGCACUAAUCUUGCCGCCAGACUUUACAUUUAGAGCAUAUGCAAUGUUCAGAGACAUACUCAACUAGACUAAAUAAUCAUAGACAGAAUGAACACACCGACUGACCACACAUGUAAUCUACACCUCAGUCUAGACCUAACGAUCUACAGCUAUAAGGACUGCAUGACACAUCCAAAGAGGGCUGUAAAAAAAAAAAACUGUCUAUUAUCACAAAAAAAGAAAUUGUGCCGCUAUUAUCAUUUAAUUAUCGAAUACAAAAGGCCAUUAUCAAGCGAAUUUGGGUAGUUGAAAAGCGCUAUAUAAAUACCAUGUAUUAUAAUAAUAUAAUAAUAAUAACAGUAUUUAAAAAAAAGUAUUAUUAUUGUCUUCAUCCAAACCCUUCUCCUUAUACUAUAGUAUUCACAUCAGGAUCUGUGCUUCACGUGAUGACAAGAAGCAGGAAAUGUUUUGGGAAAUAACCUUAACGCAAAACACAACUGAAACCCUUGUGUAGCUUCUUUCCUUUUAAUCAUAAACCCUUUGUUGGUGGAUCAGCAUUUGCGAAACCCCUCAAUGUGUUAAUGCAUUGCUCAGUUUCCUUCACAGUGGACUUUUAAAAAUGGGCUAAAAUAAGGCGGGGAUCCCUUCUCACUCAAACUGCGUCAAUUGGAGUCGGUGUACGUGUGUGGCUAUUUGUAGCUACUUCUAGUACACGAAACCUGACUUUAUAAGUCAAGUGGAGUCUAGCUAAUGCCUACGGUGUUACAGUGUUACAAUUCCAUUCUAUGCUUUGAUGGAUUGUGGCUGAAAGGGUUUAUAUUAGUUCCAGUAUAUGGGUGUGCAAUAACUAGCCUGUCCUUGCCUCUGAUGUUCACCCCUGUGAAUCUACCUUGGCUCUACAGUCCCGUGUAGCUCAGUUGGUAGAGCAUGGCGCUUGCAACGCCAAGGUUGUGGGUUCGAUUCCCACAGGGGACCAGUAUGAAAAAAAUAAAAAUGUAUGCACUCACUAACUGUAAGUCGCUCUGGAUAAGAGCGUCUGCUAAAUGACUAAAAUGUAAAAAAAAUUCUCCAGGGGAAGGAGGGGAAAGACAAGGACAAACAGCAGAAUGGACAUCGCUUCUCCACGGGGUCCUGUGCUGGACCCACCGUCUGUCUGGUCUGUGACAAACCUGCUAGUGGCAAGGACCUUCUGCAAUGCUCCAGUAAGUAACACGGUUAACUCAAUCAAUCAAAAUGUUUUUAUAACGGCCUUUUUACAUCAACAAUUAACCAGCAGUACAUCAACUAAUCAGUCGAAACAAACAACAAUUUGUUGCUCAAUGCUACAAACAUACAAUGAAUAAAUGAAUUGAAAAAUAUCACAUAUAUUUAUGGGUAAUACAGUAUAUCAAUACAUAUCUUAAGGAAAAUAUACUGUAUAUGCUUUUUUUGCAUUCGACAAUGAUAACUUUAAUUCGCAAACUUCAAUAUUUUGCUGGACAAUUAUAGAACUGAAUUCAUAUAUGAUUCUAUUCCAUUUCCAGUCAUUCGUUUUUUCUCUUUAUGAACCUAUCUCUCUCUCCCUAAGGUUGUACAGUCAUGGUCCAUAAGGGUUGUAUUGACUUUGCUCCUCCGUGUAUAAAGGUGAGUUUCAGCCUGUAUACUUCUGCCCCGACCCACAACCACAAACAUAAACAUAGAGAUGGUUAAGCUAGUCCAGUGACACAUCUACUGCUCAUCUCUCUCUGUUGAACAAAGUGAUCUAGUUGGAAUAUUUGGUUGUCUGGUAUCCUACCUUCCUUCCUUUUGUUAAUCUUUGUUUUAAAACUAUAGAAACUUGUGAAGAACCGAACGGCAUCCCUCCCGCAGAGUGAGUGUUACAUUGCAGAGUUCAACGGUCAAUGACUGAGGACCUUAUUACUGAUGAAUGUGUUUGUUUUUUAUGACCGUUGUUUUUCCUUUCUUUCUGCUUGCAUUUUGUAUGUAUAUUUUGAUGUGCGUAUUUUCUGUAAUUUAUGUAAUUCAGGGCUAAUCUGUUAAAUAGACCUUGGUCUCAGUAUGACUUCCUGAUAAAAUAAAGGUUAAAUAAUAAAUCAAAUCAAAUAAUGUCAAAGCUCUUUGUUGUCAUCCUGUGAAGCACACAGGAAGGAAUGCUGAAACAAUAACAUUCCUCCCCUCCCUCCUUCAGACUUCACAGUGCGAGACAGUCCCUCUUCAUGUCUGAUCGCCACCUCAGCCUCUCUACCUAUGAUGAGCCAGAGGGACAGGAGGGAAACAGCCUCCCUCCCCAACCCCCUCUCCAGGAGCGUCCCCUCUGCCACUGACAGGUCAGCUAAGCAUCCUCUCACUCACUCACUCACUCACUCACUCACUCACUCACUCACUCACUCACUCACUCACUCACUCACUCACUCACUCACUCACUCACUCACUCACCCUCAGUAUAUUACAGUAAGCUUGUGAUGAAGAUUUUUUGGGAUGAUGCUUAUGUCAUUGACAAUACUAUUGUCACUCUCCCAGCAGGCUUAGCGAGAGUCCGGAAGCGGUGUCUGACAGCAGAUGGGGUUCUGGCCAAUCAGAGGAUCUCCUGCAGACCACAGAGUCGUCCUCCUCCACUGACUCCUCCCUCGGAGAAGGUACUGCAGGGACGGGAACCCAGAAGGGACAAUUGGAAAUGCAAAGGAAAAGUGAUCAUCUUAAUGGUUAAAAGGGAAAAGUCACCAUCAUGUUCUUUUUGUCCCCCCUCUCCUCCUGUAGACUGUGUGGACACCGGUCUCCACAGCGACCUGGCUGCUGAUGCUCUGGACUACGAGGCUGAGUCUUGGAGUCUGACGGUGGAACACAAGUUUUGUAAGAAGCAGGACAAACGGGUGGUUAAGAGACAGGACGUCAUCUAUGGUGAGCGAACGAUGUCGUAACCUAACCUUGCUGUUUUGUAAUACCGUUUUGAGUUAUGAAUGAGUUAUGACUUAUGAAAUGUUAUGGGCUGGAGCACAGGAAUGUUUAUGGUUUGUUGUUAUGGCAUGUCCAAGGGAUAUGUUUGUCUAGAGAGACUUUUGUCAUCUUGGAAAUGUGGGUAGUUGAGGGGAUUGGUUUGAUGCAGAAUCAUAAAAAUGUACACAUAAUGCGUAGUUACUUGGGAUGCAAGAGAUCAAUUUGUAGAUCAGCGAUUCUGCGCAGUCCAACUGCAAUGUGUAUGUGUGUGUGUGUGUCCGUCCUCUCAGAAUUGAUGCAGACAGAGAUGCACCACCUCCAGACUCUGUGCAUCAUGGCUGAGGUCUUCCGGCGAGGGAUGAGAGAGCAGGUCCAGUUGGACGCAGGCGCGGUGGGGCGUGUCUUCCCCUGUUUGGACGAACUCCUCCUCCUCCACCACGACCUCUUCAACUCCAUGAGGGAACGCCGCCACAGCUCCGCCCAGCCAUACGGGGACAGGAACUACGUCAUAGAACGCAUCGGAGAUGUUCUACUGCAACAGGUGCACUGUUAAAAUGAUGUGCUUGUAACAACAAGGAGGCAAAACCUUAACUUUUCUGGAGUGGGGUCGAGAAGGAACAGGAAACAGUUAUGUACUUUCUGUCAUACGGUCAGGAAUCUGUGGAGACAGAAUUAACUUACAACCCCUAAAAGUACAUGGAAGUGUUGAUUCAUUACAAUGAAUCAGCACUUCCAUAAAACAUGGAUAAAUACGGAUGUUUUUUUGUGUGUGUCUGAAACAUUGCCAACAUCCACUGACUCUGUCCCGUAAUUCAGUAAUUCAACCUUAAUAGACAUGACUGUGGUAUUAAUGUUCUAUGACUGAUUGAGUACGUUGGCUCAAUAUGAUUGACUGUAUAACUUCUAAUUUCCGGUGCAGUUUUCUGAAGAGAACGCAGAGAGGAUGAAACAGGUGUAUGGAGACUUCUGCAGCCAUCACUCUGAGGCAGUCACCUUCUUCAAAGAGCUACAGCAGCAAAACAAACGAUUUCAGACCUUCAUCAAGGUACAGGCUUGUCUGCUUAUGACACCUCUAUAAGCCUCAAGAGUUACACUACAUGGCCAAAAGUAAGUGGACACGCCUUCAAAUUUGUGGAUUUGUUGCUGACAGGUGUAUACAAUUGAGCACACAGCCAUGCAAUUUCCAUAGACAAACAUUGACAUUAGAAUGGCCCGUACUGAAGAGCUCAGUGACUUUCAAUGUGGCACCGUCAUAGGAUGCCACCUUUCCAACCAGUCAGUUUGUCAAAUUUCUGCCCUGCUAGAGCUGCCCUGGUCAACUGUAAGUACUUUUAUUGUGAAGUGGAAACGUCUAGGAGCAACAACGGCUCAGCCGCAAAGUGGUAGGCCACACAAGCUCACAGAACAGGACCGCCGAGUGCUGAAGCGCUUAGCGUGUAAAAAUUGUCUGUCCUCGGAUGCAACACUCACUAUCGAGUUCCAAACUGCCUCUGGAAGCAAUGUCAACACAAUAACUGUUAGUCGGGAGCUUCAUGAAAUGGGUUUCCAUGGCCAAGCAGCCGCACACAAGCGUAAGAUCGCCUUGCGCAAUGCUAAAUGUCGGCUGGAGUGGUGUAAAGCUCGCCGCCAUUGGACUCAGGAGCAGUGGAAACGAGUUCUCUGGAGUGAGGAAUCAUGCUUCACCAUCUGGCAGUCCGACGGACAAAUCUGGGUUUGGCGGAUGCCAGGAGAACGCUACCUGCCCGAAUGCAUAGUGCCAACUGUAAAGUUUGGUGGAGGAGGAAUAUUGGUCUGGGGCUGUUUUUCAUGGUUCGGGCUAGGCCCCUUAGGUCCAGUGAAGGGAAAUCUUAACGCUACAGCAUACAAUUACAUUCUAGACGAUUCUGUGAUUCUGACUUUGUGGCAACAAUUUGGGGAAGGCCCUUUCCUGUUUCAGCAAGAUCCCCCCCAUGUACAAAGCGAGGUCCAUACAGAAAUGGUUUGUUGAGAUCGGUGUGGAAGAACUUGACUAGCCUGCACAGAGCCCUCACCUCAACCCCAUUGAACAUCUUUGGGAUGGAUUGGAACGCCGACUGCGAGGCAGACCAAAUCGCCCAACAUCAGUGCCCGACCUCACUAAUGCUCUUGUGGCUGAAUGGAAGCAAGUCCCUACAGCAAUGUUCCAACAUCUAGUGGAAAGCGGCUGUUAUAGCAGCAAAGGGGCUGUUAUAGCAGCAAAGGGGGGACUAACUCCAUAUUAAUGCCCUUGAUUUUGGAAUGCGAUGUUCUCCGAGCAAGUGUCCACAUACUUUUGGCCAAGUCGUGCAUCUUGAGAAGAUCUCUGGAGAAAUUAUCUGUCGUAACAAGUUCAAUUAUUUUAAAUGUUCCACUUGUGACUAAUGAUUAUUUGUUGAUUGUGUGUUUUUAUAGCAACAAAGUAAUAACUAUUUGGUGCGGAGGAGAAAGAUCCCAGAAUGCAUGUUGUUGGUGACCCAGAGGAUCACUAAGUACCCUGUUCUGUUGGAGAGGAUUCUACAGUACACCCAGGGUUAGUCUGUCUGCCUCUCUAUGCUCUGCUGCCCACUGCUGUUAGGAUCAGAUAAAUCAAAUCAACUCGUGAUAACACGACCAGGCUAGUUUUUUGUUGGACAGGUGGUUUUAUCAUACAGCUGAGCUAUCAGUGAUAAUAUACAGCAGUUACAGUAAGAGAUUACAUGAAAUGUUUGUUGUAUUGUGUUGUAUUUCAAAUGGUACUUCAUUACUGAUAUGGGGCUGGUAACCGGAUGUAUAGUAUUGAUCCUACUACUUCAAUGUGCCUAAAUAUUUUUUCUCUCUCUCUCUCUCCCCCCUCCCUAAAUCUCCCCUCUCCCUCUCUCAGAGGACAGUGAGGAGCACAGGGACCUCUCCAGAGCUCUGGUUUUGAUCAAGGAGGCGAUCGCGGCUGUAGACCUGAAGGUCAGUGAGUUUGAGCAGGGUCAGAGGUUACAGGACGUCCUAAACAGGAUGGACAACCGUAGUGCUGCCAAGCUGAAGAACGGACACAACUUUAGGAAGCAGGAUGUUCUGGUGCCAGGCCGGACCCUCAAACACCAGGGCCUGUUACUGUGGAAGACCGCCACUGGACGACUCAAAGGUCUGAGGCACUGAUCUAUCUAUCAAUUAAUCAACCAAUCAGUCAAUCAAAUAAUCAAGCAAUACAUGAAUCAGUCAAUCAAUCGAUCAAUCAAUCAAUUUCACACAAAUUAUCAUAUUGAUUAUGGAUUACAUUGUUCACAAUUGUUUUGCUGUCUCUUAUCUCUUCAGAUGUCCUGGCUCUCCUUCUCACAGACACACUGAUCUUCCUACAGGCGAAAGACCAGAAGUUCAUAUUCGCUGCUGUGGUAUGUCUGUGAAAUGGUCUUGUGACAUUUGCUGUUUAUGGAAUAAGACAAAAUAAACUCUACAGUUCAAUUCAGUUCCUUUGGACUCGGUCUGAUAGCUUUGGGCUACUGCUCUCUGCUAUCCAUUUUAUUAUAUCGGAGGGGUUGGGAAAAAAGCAGAAGACACAUUUCCAUCCUGUAUGGACUAAUAAAGUUUGGGCACACCUACUCAUUCAAGGAUUUUUCUUUAUUUUUACUAUUUUUUAGAUUGUAGAAUAAUAGUGAAUACAUCAAAACUAUGAAAUAACACAUAUGGAAUCAUGUACUAACCAAAAAAGAGUUAAACAAAUCAAAAUAUAUUUUAUAUUUGAGAUUCUUCAAAUAGCCACCCUUUGCCUUGAUGACAGCUUUGCACACUCUUGGCAUUCUCUCAACCAGCUUCAUGAGGUAGUCACCUGGAAUGCAUUUCAAUUAACAGGUGUGCCUUCUUAAAACUUAAUUUGUGGAAUUUCUUAAUGCGUUUCAGCCAAUCAGUUGUGUUGUGACAAGGUAGGGGGUAUACAGAAGAUAUCCCUAUUUGGUAAAAUACCAAGUCCAUAUUAUGGCAAGAACAGCUCAAAUAAGCAAAGAGAAAUUACAGUUCAUUACUUUUAAGACUUGAAGGUCAGUCAAUACGGAACAUUUCAAGAACUUUGAAAGUUUCUUCAAGUGCAGUCGCAAAAACCAUCAAGCACUAUGAUGAAACUAUCUCUCAUGAGGACCACCACAUGAAUGGAAGACCCAGAGUUACCUCUGCUGCAGAGGAUAAGUUAAUUAGAGUUACCAGCCUCAGAAAUUGCAGCCCAAAUAAAUGUUUCACAGAGUUCAAGUCACAGACACAUCUCAACAUCAACUGUUCAGAGGGGACAGUGUGAAUCAGGCCUUCAUGGUCGAAUUGCUACAAAGAAACCACUACUAAAGGAUGAUCUCCGCAUGUGUAUUUCCUACCGUAAAGCAUGGAGGAGGAGGUGUUAUGGUGUGGGGGUGCUUUGCUGGUGACACUGUCCGUGAUUUAUUUAGAAUUCAAGGCACACUUAACCAGCAUGGCUACCACAGCAUUCUGCAGCGAUACGCCAUCCCAUUUGGUUUGGGCUUAGUGGGACUAUAAUUUGUUUUUCAACAGGACAAUGACCCAACACACCUCCAGGCUGUGUAAGAGCUAUUUUACCAAGAAGUUGAGUGAUGGAGUGCUGCAUCAGAUGACCUGGCCUCCACAAUCCCCCGACCUCAACCAAAUUGAGAUGUUUUGGGAUGAGUCAGACCGCAGAGUGAAGGAAAAGCAGCCAACAAGUGCUCAGCAUAUGUGGGAACUCCUUCAGGACUGUUGGAAAAGUAUUCCAGGUGAAGCUGGUUGAGAGAAUGCCAAGAGUGUGCAAAGCUGUCAUCAAGGCAAAGGGUGGCUAUUUGUAGAGUCUCAAAUAUAAAAUAUGUUUUGAUUUGUUUAACACUUUUUUGGUUACUACAUGGUUCCAUAUGUGUUAUUUCAUAGUUUUGAUGUCUUCACUAUUAUUCUACAAUGUAGUAAAUAGUAAAAAUAAAGAAAAACCCUUGAAUUAGUAGGUGUGUCCAAACUUUUGACUGGUACUGUAUAUCUUAUCAUAUAUUGGGGAUUGAGACUCAAAAAGACAUUUCAACGUCUACAUCAGUGAGUGUUGGCCCCUGUAUUCAUUCAAUUUACUCUCUCAUCCUCCCAUACUGUCUGUGCUCCUCAGGACCAGAAGCCCCCAGUGAUCUCUCUGCAGAAGCUGAUUGUCAGGGAGGUAGCCAAUGAGGAGAGAGGGAUGUUUCUUAUCAGCGCGUCGGCCGCGGGUCCAGAAAUGUAUGAGGUCCACACCUCCUCGAAAGAUGAACGCAACAGCUGGAUGAGACACAUCAGAGAGGCUGUGGAGAGGUCAGUAAGGGGUGUGUGAAGGGUGUAAGUGUGUGGUUAGUGUGUGUGUGCGUGCGUGUGAGUGAGUGUGUGUAUGCUUAACGCUGUCUGUUCGUCUGUCUGUCUAUCCAGCUGUCCAGAGGAUGAGGAGGAGAACACUAGCGAAUUGGAGGAGGAGAGAAGAACAUCUGAAGCCAGAGCCCAGAAGAUACAAAAACUACAGGGUAAUAUGCUACUGUAUAUUCAUAGCUUACAAAUAGAUCUACUAAUGAAUGUUAAUUAAUGAAUGUUUCUUAAUGACACUUUGUUAAUUACAUUUUAUUCAUGUGUUUAUCUACCAGAGAGUCUGAGCAGUCAGGACCAUCAGAUCUGUUCUAGUCUGGAGGAGAAGCUACAGAUCUAUGCUGAACUGUCUGCCCUGAGGGGCGGCACCCAGAAACCACACCCUGAGCCACACCUACUGGUCCAGCCACACCCAGAGGAGGUGCCCCAGGCUGCAGUACUGGUCACUGCCGCACUCAAAGAGGGUCAGAUGAUACACCACCCUUUUAGCCUCACUGACCAUUGUUAGCAUCAUGUACAUGUUGUCCAUUUCCUGUUGUCCAAUGUCUUACUCUGUAUGUCUGUGGGUCUUUUUGUCUACAGUAAAUUAUCUUUCUCCCUCUCUCUAACCACCCCUCUCCUCUCUCCCUCUCCAGCUGAGAACCUGAGGACCACUCUGUCCUCCAGGACCUGUUCUCCCUCCAGCCUCUGCAGCCCUCACAGGGACCUCCUGUCCCACCCUGUGUCCCCAGCCAACCCUUCUACCCCCCUGGACACUUCCACAGAUGGCGAAGUCUCACCUGGGGACCCUGAUACCAGGGACGGGGAGUGGUCAGCCUCCCAGGCCCUCGUACUGCAGUCCCUGACUCCACCCCACACUGGGGACACUAAUAAUAUCAACCUUAAGGCAGGUCUUCUAUACAAGGUUUUCUUUUCUACCAUAGAUAUCGUAGCGAAUUCAGUGGUAACCCGACAGGGCUUGAACUCGGGUCCCUGUGAGUUGUCAGUCUAACAUGUUAGCCAUAACACCAAGCGGCUCAAAUACAAAUGGGAUCUGUAGUUGUAGCCAUAAGCUUAUUGAAGUCUUCUCACCUUCCUCCACUUUCUUAUUGCUGACCCAACAGUUGUUUAAAUAAUUUAACACCAUCUAUUAGAAUUUCAUUUCAGCCUUAAUGUGCUAAAUUAUUCAUAUCUUAAUAAUACAGGAAAAGUCCAUUUAGCUCUCAAAGGUACCGUCUCAUUAAAAAUAGAUGAUGGAGAAUUAUAUCCCAAUUUCCUCGGCCAUGUUUGUGCUAUCGUUAGCAUCUUGUCCUGGCUGUGAGGUGAAUGACUAUGAUAAAAGAGAGUAAUAUUCCCUCUCCCGAGUGGCGCAGUGGUCUAAGGCUCUGCAUCGCAGUGCUAGCUGUGCCACUAGAGAUCCUGGUUCGUAUCCAGGCUCUGUCGUUGCCGGCGCGACCGGGAGACCCAUGGGGCGGCGCGCAAUUGGUCCAGGGUAGGGGAGGGAAUGGCCGGCAGGGAUGUAGCUCAGUUGAUAGAGCAUGGCGUUUGUAACGCCAGGGUUGUGGGUUCGAUUCCCACAGGGGGUAGGAAAAAAUAAAAAUAAAAUAAAUGUAUGCAUUCACUAACUGUAAGUCGCUCUGGAUAAGAGCGUCUGCUAAAUGACUAAAAUGUAAAUGUAUAUUGACUGAAUGUAAUAGAGCAGGGGUACUCAACUUUUACCCUACGAGGUCUGGAGCCUGCUGGUUUUCUGUUCUACCUGAUAAUUACUUGCACACACCUGGUGUCCCAGGUCUAAAUCAGUCCCCGAUUAAAGGGGAACAAUGGGGAAAAAAAAGUAGUGGAAUUGGUUUCAAGGUCCAGAGUUGAGUUUGAGGGGUCUAGGACCUCGAGGCCCCUCUAACCAGGGACUGCUUUAGACCUGCUGGGACAUCAGGUGUGCGCAAUUAAUUAACAGGUAAAACAGAAAACCAGUAGUAUACCAGACUGCAUAGGGUAAGAUUUGAACACCCCUGGUAUUGAGCAAUGCAGUGUACAGCACGUGUCAUACUCGUUCCACGGAGGGCCGAGUGUCUGCGGGUUUUCCUCCACCCUUGGACUUGAUUGAUUAAUUAAGGUCACUGAUUAGUAAGGAACGCCCCUCACCUGGUUGUCUAGGUCUUAAUUGAAAGGAAAAACCAAACACCAGCAGACACUAGCCCAGGGUUCUUCAAUUCUGGUCCUGGAGGGCCGAAACACCUCUGUUUUUCAUCCUCUCCUUUUAAUCAGGGGCUAAUUCAGACCUGCGACACCAGGUGAGUGCAAUUAACUACCAGGUAGAAAUAAAAAACAGAAGUGUUUCGGCCCUCCAGGACCGGAAUUGAAGAACCCUGCACUAGGCCCUCCAUGGAAUGAGUUUGACACCCCUGGUGUACAGAUUCUGUGCACAGACACUACCAGACCACAAAGUGGCGCUAUAUACUUACAUGACGACAUAGACUCCUCAGACAAAUUGACUCUCCUUAGAAAAUGUGCCUUGUGAUAAGAGGAGAAGAUACUGCACUCUCACCACUCUACUCUACUCUAGUCUAGUCCAGGAGUAAGACUGUAUUGGCUGGCUUCAACUGAUAUGGGUAUACAGUAGUAGUAGGAGAGUAAAACACUGUUGCCAUCUACUGUAGAACUGUAGAAUCUUCAGAUACCAACACUCUGAAAUAAUAGAAUCAGGACAUUUAUUCCUUAACAGUUUUUCAUAGAGGGAAUAUAAUUUGUGAAGUGAUUAAGUCAUCUACCAGCAUGGGAGCCUGACUGUUAGUUGUGUGUUUGUGUCUUCUUCAAUAACAGGUGGCUCAGAGUGUCCAGAGCUUGACCCAGUUACUUUACAGUCUGCAGGUGAGCUCAUCACACACAAACGCACAAACUCUCUCACACACACAUGCACGCACACACACACACUUUGUAUCUAUGUAUCUACCUCAGUCACUCAUUUUCAUUUCCCACAAAGACCCAUUGUGUUCUCAAACUUUAUUUGUCACAUGCGCCGAACUGGUGUAGACUGUAGACUACCGUGAAAUGCUUGGUUACAAGGCCUUCCAAACAAUGCAGAGUUAAAAAAUAAAAUAGUAACACUAGAGGAAUCAAAUAAAAUACAGUACAGGGAGUACCAGUACCAGAUCAAUGUGCAGAGGUAUUUGAGGUAGAUAUGUGCAUGAAGGCAGGGUAAAGUGACCAGGCAUCAGGAUAGAUAAUAAUAAGAGUAAAAUAAAGAACAGAGCAGCAACAAAAGUGUGAGUGUGCGUGUGUGUUUAGUGUGUGCGUGUGUAAGUAGUGAAUAUGUGUGGGUUGCAACCCCCCCCCCCCCCUUUGCCUCAAUUCGUCGGGGAAUGUUGACCCAAAUGCUUCCCACAGUUGUGUCAAGUUGGCUGGAUGGCCUUUGGGCGGUGGACCAUUCUUGAUACACACGGGAAACUGUUGAGCGUGAAAAACCUGCCACCUACUACCAUGCUUCAAAGUCACUUAAAUCGUUUGUCUUGCCCAUUCACCCUCUGCAUGGCACACAUACACAAUCCAUGUCUCAAUUGUCUCAAGGCUUAAAAAUCCUUCUUUAACCUGUCUCCUCCCCUUCAUCUACACUGAUUUGAAGUGGAUUUAACAAGUGAUAUCAAUAAGGGAUCAUAGCUGGUCAGUCUACGUCAUGGAAAGAGUGAUUUGUAUAUAGUCGAGUGUGCGUAGUGCAAGAUAGAGUCAGUGCAGAUAGUUUGGGUACCAUUAAUUAACUAUUUAGCAGUCUUAUGGCUUGGGGGUAGAAGCUGUCUUGGAGCCUGUUGGUCCGAGAGCCGAUGCUCCGGUACCGGUUGCCGGACGGUAGCAGAGUGAACAGUCUAUGGCUUUGGUGGCUGGAGUCUUUACGGGCCUUCCUCUGACACCGCCUGAUAUAGAGGUCCUGGAUGGCAGGGAGCUCGGCCCCAGUGAUGUACUGAGCUGUCCGCACCACCCUCUGUAGCGCUUUGCAGUCAAGGGCGGUGCAUUUGCCAUAACAUUCGGUGAUGCAGCCAGUCAAGAUGUCCUCGAUGGUGCAGCUGUAUACCUUUUUGAGGGUCGGAGAGCCCAUGCCAAAUCUUUUCAGCCUCCUGAGGGGGAAGAGGCACUGCCGUCCCCUCUUCACAACUGUGUGGGUAUGUGUGGACCAUGUUAGGUCCUUAGUGAUGUGGACGCGAAGGAACUUGAAACUCACGACCCGCUCCACAACAGCCCCGUCGAUGUGGAUGGGGGUGUGCUCUCCCCUCUUUCUCCUAUAGUCCACGAUCAGCUCUUUGGUCUUACUGACAUUGAGGGAGAGGUUGUUGUCCUGACACCACACUGCUAAGUCUCUGACCUCCUCCCUGUAGGCUGACUUAUCGCCGUCGUCAGCAAACUUGAUAAUAGGGUUGGAGUUGUGCGUGGCCAUGCAGUCGUGGGUGAACAGGGAGUAGAGGAGGGGACUAAGCACACACCCCUGAGGGGCCCCCGUGUUGAGGGUCAGUGUGGUGGAGGUGUUGUUGCCUACCCUCACCACCUGGGGUCGGCCCGUCAGGAAGUCCAGGAUCCAGUUGCAGAUGGAGGUGUUCAGUCCCAGGGUCCUAAGCUUGGAGGGAGCUACGGUGUUGAACGCUGAGCUGUAGUCUAUGAACAGCAUUCUGACAUAGUUAUUUCCCCUCUUGUCCAGGUGAGAUUGCAUCAUCUGUGGAUCUUUUGGGGCGGUAUGCAAAUUGGAGUGGGUCUAGGGUGUCUGGGAUGAUGGUGUUGAUGUGAGCCAUGACCAGCCUUUCAAAGCACUUCAUGAUUACAGAUGUGAGUGCUACAGGGCGAUAGUCAUUUAGGCAGGUUACAUUGGAGCUCUUGGGAACAGGGACAAUGGUGGUCAGCUUGAAACAUGUUGCGAUUACAGACUGGGACAAGGAGAGAUUGAAAAUGUCUGUGAAGACACUUGCCAGCAGGUCUGCGCAUGCUUUGAGAACGCGCCCUGGUAUUCCAUCUGAUUGUUAACCUGUUUAAACGUUUUGCUCACAUUGGCCACAGAGAGCGAGAUCACACAGUCAUCCGGAAAAACUGGCUUUCAUGCAAGGCACAGUGUUAUAUUCCUCGAAGCGAGCAUAAAAGGCAUUUAGCUCGUUUGGGAGUUCUGGAUUGCUGGGCCAAUCAUUGCUGGGUUUCCCUUUGUAAUCUGUUAUCGUCUGCAAGCCCUGCCACACACGACGAGCGUUGGCGCCGGUGUAAUAGGAUCCCACCUUCCUCCUAUAUUGUCCUUUUGCAUGUUUGAUGUCUCUUCGGACCCAUCCUAUUUUAGUUCCACACUCAGGUUGAAGGCUUAGUGUGUGUGUGCGUGCUACUAUGUGCUACUGCAUGUGUGUGUGUGUGCGCGUGCUUGUGUGUGUGUGUGUGUGUGCACGCGCGUCUGGCUGCACAACAGCUUCUAUAAACAGAGAUAGAACAAUCAGCUGGAUUGUCUGAAUCUUGAACCGCCAGGCGGUAAAUAAGCUGCUGGAGAGAGGAACCCAAUUAUCCUAUUCUAAGUGGAAGAAAGAACAGAGGAGAGGCUUUUAUCUUGAACUGCACAGGGGAGCAUUUGAUAUGUUAAUGUAGAUGGAGUCUAUUCUGUUUGGUCUGUUCACGGCAUGUGUUUGUGUUAGUAGGCUAAUGUGAAGUGUGUUUGUGUGUGUGUGUGUGUUGAUCUAACAACAUGUAGCUAAGCCUUUCAAGUAAGUACACAAAUGAUCGACUUUCAAGUAAGUACACACAGUGUUGACUAACCCAUUUGGUAUUCAAAUUACCUGCUCCUAUUGCCCCCAUUCACCUUGGUUUGGAGCAACUCGUGGUCAGCGACGGUUGGACCAGUUUGGACCCAGUCAGUCAGUCAGUCAGUCAGCAGCCAGGCAGCCAGCCAUUCAGACAGCUAUUAAGUCAGCCAGCCAGCUAGUCAGCCAGCCAGCUAGUCAGCCAGCCAGCCAGCUAGCCAGCCAGCCAGCCAGCCAGCCAGCCAGCUAGUCAGCCAGCCAGCCAGCCAGCCAGCCAGCCAGCUAGUCAGCCAGCCAGCCAGCCAGCCAGCCAGCCAGCCAGCCAGCCAGUUAGUCACGUUAUCGUCACAUUUUAAUUUCCCCUCUACAGGCGGCGGUAACCAUCCAAGACAGUUUAUACGAGGUACAGAAGCUCCUCCUCCAUGAGAGUGACCACCCCGCCCCCUGCCUGCCGAGACCAUCCCCCCCGUGUCUCCAGGAGCAGGAGAAGCAUCGUAACCAGGAGAAGCGCCGUGAGGAGGUGGCAGCGGCGGUGCGGUUACAGGGUCGGCUGCGCCAGGUAGGGAUGGCUAGCUUCGAUUAUCUUUUCGAUGAGCUUUUUUGUCCUUAAAAUGGAUAAGUAAGCAAGCAUCUAUCUAGUAUGCACUCAUUCCACUUAUUUUUCUUGGAAAACUCAGAUUGAUUAGUGAAAAAAAACUAUAUUUGGAGUAUUGAUCCAUUAAUUGGCCCUAGCAACUAUCAACCAGUUGAUUCUGAAAAACUAAUAGAUUCUGUUGAACUCAUCCCUACUGCCAGGAGAGGAAGCGGUGGGAGAGGGAGUGCCAGGUGCGCCACAGCCAACAGGAGGAGCUGGAGAGCAGGCUAGAGGAGAGGGAGAGACAGUGCCACCUGGAGGCUGAGAGGCUGAAGCGGGAGUGGGAAGAGCUGGAAGAGAAGCUGGGGGAGUACCAGCAGAGCCUGGAGAGGCUGAGGGAGGGCCAGAGAAGCGUGGGGAAGGAGAGGGAGAAGCUGGAGACCCAGCAGAAGCUGCUGCAGAGCUGGAGACACAGCCGACAGAGGAGCCUGCCUGUCAUGGUCAUACCGCUGGACGGACAUCAGGUGUGUGUGAGGGGGGUUAGUGUGUGUGUGUGUGUGAGUGUGCGUGCCUGCAUGUGUGUGUGUGUGAUGAUGGCUCCAGGCAUCUCACAGAAGGACCCCUAGCCUGUAGUUACUAACCACUGCAUGAGAGUGUGAAUGAGAGAUGCUGAGCAUGUGGUUUCCAUGUGUUUGAUACCGUUCCAUUCAUUCCAUUCCAGCCAUUACAAUGAGCCCAUCCUCUUAUAGCUCCUCCCAACAGCCUCCUCUGGUGUACUUAUACUGUAAGUGUGUGUAUAUAUGUUUGUGUGAACCAAGGGCAUGUUUCACCCUGGGUUAGUAGUUCAUUAAUGAUAAGUGCCUUUCUCCCAGGACAAAGUAUUGCCAGCAGCCAGAGCUACGGUGGCCCACUCAGCCACACAGACAACUCAAUCCAGCCCUUGAUAUACGACCUGUGGUAAUGAGAGGAAUUUCAGCGGCAUCCAUCUCGGGGCUCAGCAGGUCCGCUCGCUAAUAAACAACUUAAUGAUUGAUGAUAAUUAAACCGCUGUGAAUAAAAGCUCCAAUUACAAAAUAUUUAAAAGCAGAGGCACUCGAACCCUGCAAACCAAUCAAUCCUCUCCAAAAAUACUUCAAUUAUUCAUAUCGACACUUUGUUUGAAAAGCGAGUGGAGCGUGCCUGCAGUGAAAUAUGCCCCCGAGCUGAGAGGAGAGGCAUAGAGAAUGAGGGAGAGAGGAGAGGCAGGGAGAGAGAGAGAAGGGGAGAGAGACGUGUUCCUAUAAAGGGAAGUGUUCCUAUACCCUGCCUCUGCCUGCCUCUCUACAGGACCUUGUAUGCUAAAACCAACGACCUCAUGAAUGUAUAGAAUUUACCCUAUAGGCCUCAGUGGGGUUGAGCUUGUGUUGUGAUGUUAAGCAGGUGCUAUGAUUCAACGAGUAGAGAGUGGAAUGGCGGGGGUCUCAUACAGUGGGGAGAACAAGUAUUUGAUACACUUCCGAUUUUGCAGGUUUUCCUACUUACAAAGCAUGUAGAGGUCUGUAAUUUUUAUCAUAGGUACACUUCAACUGUGAGAGACGGAAUCUAAAACAAAAAUCCAGAAAAUCACAUUGUAUGAUUUUUAAGUAAUUAAUUUGCAUUUUAUUGCAUGACAUAAGUAUUUGAUCACCUACCAACCAGUAAGAAUUCCGGCUCUCACAGACCUGUUAGUUUUUCUUAAAGAAGCCCUCCUGUUCUCCACUCAUUACCUGUAUUAACUGCACCUGUUUGAACUCGUUACCUGUAUAAAAGACACCUGUCCACACACUCAAUCAAACAGACUCCAACCUCUCCACAAUGGCCAAGACCAGAGAGCUGUGUAAGGACAUCAGGGGUAAAAUUGUAGACCUGCACAAGGCUGGGAUGGGCUACAGUACAAUAGGCAAGCAGCUUGGUGAGAAGGCAACAACUGUUGGCGCAAUUAUUAGAAAAUGGAAGAAGUUCAAGAUGACGAUCAAUCAACCUCGGUCUGGGGCUCCAUGCAAGAUCUCACCUCGUGGGGCAUCAAUGAUCAUGAGGAAGGUGAGGGAUCAGCCCAGAACUACACAGCAGGACCUGGUCAAUGACCUGAAGAGAGCUGGGACACAGUCUCAAAGAAAACCAUUAGUAACACACUACGCCGUCAUGGAUUAAAAUCCUGCAGCGCAUGCAAGGUCCCCCUGCUCAAGCCAGCGCAUGUCCAGGCCUGUCUGAAGUUUGCCAAUGACCAUCUGGAUGAUCCAGAGGAGGAAUGGGAGAAGGUCAUGUGGUCUGAUGAGACACAAAUAGAGCUUUUUGGUCUAAACUCCACUCGCCGUGUUUGGAGGAAGAAGAAGGAUGAGUACAACCCCAAGAACACCAUCCCAACCGUGAAGCAUGGAGGUGGAAACAUCAUUCUUUGGGGAUGCUUUUCUGCAAAGGGGACAGGACGACUGCACCGUAUUGAGGGGAGGAUGGAUGGGGCCAUGUAUCGCGAGAUCUUGGCCAACAACCUCCUUCCCUCAGUAAGAGCAUUGAAGAUGGGUUGUGGCUGGGUCUUCCAGCAUGACAACGACCCGAAACACACAGCCAGGGCAACUAAGGAGUGGCUCCGUAAGAAGCAUCUCAAGGACCUGGAGUGGUCUAGCCAGUCUCCAGACCUGAACCCAAUAGAAAAUCUUUGGAGGGAGCUGAAAGUCCGUAUUGCCCAGCAACAGCCCCGAAACCUGAAGGAUCUGGAGAAGGUCUGUAUGGAGGAGUGGGCCAAAAUCCCUGCUGCAGUGUGUGCAAACCUGGUCAAGACCUACAGGAAACGUAUGAUCUCUGUAAUUGCAAACAAAGGUUUCUGUACCAAAUAUUAAGUUCUGCUUUUCUGAUGUAUCAAAUACUUAUGUCGUGCAAUAAAAUGCAAAUUAAUUACUUAAAAACCAUACAAUGUGAUUUUCUGGAUUUUUGUUUUAGAUUCCGUCUCUCACAGUUGAAGUGUACCUAUGAUAAAAAUUACAGACCUCUACAUGCUUUGUAAGUAGGAAAACCUGCAAAAUCGGCAGUGUAUCAAAUACUUGUUCUCCCCACUGUAUAUGUCUCACUCUCCUCCUCUUUCUCUCUUAUUUACGUACUUCUCUUCUGUAUGCUAUGUCCAGGUUAGGUAAGAUGUUCUCCUGCCUCCUUCAUUUGAUCUGUGUCAAAGCUCAAGCAGAAUUAGCAGUCCACCACUAACAUGCGUGACCGGAGUAGGGAGUCACUGCAGGCUUAUCUAUAUGGAAGCAGUGCAGUCUUGGCCUACGUCCCAAAUGGCACCAUAUUCCCUAUGGUCCCUGGUCAAAAGUAGGGCACUAUAAAGGGAAUAGGGUGCCAUUUGGGAUCAGCCUUAGUGGUCCCUGCUGAUCUGUAUGGAGGUAGUGUUUAGCAUUUCCCUGCUAACAUUUAGCCCCAGGCAGAGGGUCAGAUGGUCAGGGGGUCAGAGGCGUAUCCAGUGACUCACACCGACCCUCCAUCCUCAGAUCCUCUCUAAUGAGAUGGCCUCAAUGGAAGGAGGAUGGGGUUUACAGCACCUUGCCAAGUAGAGGGAACCCAGCUCCACUGCAGCAGUGAUCUGGAUAUUAUUUACAGUGAAUAUAAUAUGAAUUGGCAUACUUAACAGAAAUCACACCGAAAAUAUGGAUUACAUCUCUCAAAUAUGAUUUUGGAUGAUAAUUCUGUUUUUGGAUAAACUGUGGAUAAACCAUUAUGGUAAAAUAGCCACUGUGGCUACUUUACCAUUCCAGAUGUGUAGCAUUGGUUAUGCUGUUGACUGUUAACUAUUGUCGUAGUGUUAUGGUUUCCCUGUAUGUUUAUGUUCAUGCUGUCAUCAUGGUCAUCCAUCUCUCAGAGUUGUGUUAACAUGGCAUUCUUCUCCCUUAUUCUCCCAUAGGACUCACUUCCUGGUCAGUCCGGCGUCCAUCUUGACAACGCGGGCUCAGUGUUUGUCAACGAGGCAUCGUUCACCACGUCGAAGGUGCUCAACAACCGCCACGUACACCACCACCUGCAGCAGCACCAGAGAGACGACCCUCGAGCCCACAACAGCCUGAACACCCUACUGGCCUGCUCCAGCCAGAGACACACGCUCCAACCCCUCUCCCUCUCCAAGACCCCCACGCGCCACCCUGGCACAAACACACCUCAGGGCUGGGCGGGGGGUGCCGGUGUCACUGGUUACCUCUGUACAACCUCAGGUGGACAGGGGACAGAGCACACACCCAACGGUAAGACCCAGUUCAGUAAAGUUGUGCGAGUCCAUCUCUGUUAAAGAGAUUGUGUUUAUUGUCUAAUCCUAAAUACAGGAUGAAUUCAGGCUUUCUCGGCUGAAUUUGACUGAUAACACUCAGGAUGAUAUGAUGGGAUCUGUCGUUGACUUCUAAAUACCAUACAACUAAAUGUGGCAUCAGUAAUAUAACAGGAUAUGUUUCUCCUGUAUCUCUCUCUCUCUCUCUCUCUCUCUCUCUCUCUCUCUCUCUCUCUCUCUCUGUCUGUCUGUCUGUCUGUCUGUCUGUCUGUCUGUCUGUCUGUCUGUCUGUCUGUCUGUCUGUCUGUCUGUCUGUCUGUCUGUCUGUCUGUCUGUCUGUCUGUCUGUCUGUCUGUCUGUCUGUCUGUCUGUCUGUCUGUCUGUCUGUCUGUCUGUCUGUCUGUCUGUCUGUCUGUCAAAACACAUGAUAUCACGAGUCCUACCUGCUACCCGUGAGAGAGUAAACACAACCUUUGUACCCACCACACACACGCAUGAAAGCAAAUGUAAUUCGGCACAGUACUGCAUGCAGCACACUACUGCAUGCAGCUGUGGUGGUUGAUAUCUGACACACACACACCCCACACACACCUCCCAUCCUUCUCAAGGCUGUCUCAGUUUCCGUAGAGAUGUGAGGCCUUGUUUGUCCUUCUUUCCCAGUUAAUCAGUGUCUCCUGGCAAAGAAACCCCCCUCACCCCUGACCUAGGAGAGAGAAAAAAAAAAUCUAUGUUUUCUCUAUCUAUCGUGCGUUGGGGGCAGGGGCGGACAACAGCGUGUGAAUCACAGCUCAGAGCCCAUGGCUGAUGGGUUGGAACAUCGAUCUGAAAAAUCUUUACAAAACUCAUUACAGCACGAUUUGUCAUCGCAGGAGGAAGAGGAGGAGGAGGAGGAGGAGGAGGGGAUGAGAGAUGCAUACAUAUUCAUCUGUAUUUAACUGCUGAUUUGUCAGCUGACAUCUGUCUGCAUCUAUGUGUCUCACAGGUUUCAACUGCCAUACCUCACUGGUGUAAUGUACAUGUAUACUGAUCUAAACUGAAAGUAUGACUAGCUAUAAUGUUGAAUAUACACUAGAAGGGAUGCUUCUGUUUUAAUGGGCUGUUUUAAUGGGUUUCGCUAUAGUAAAUAUCAGUAAUACAGGCUGCUGCAUUGUUUACUAAAGAUUGCGACCAGAGCACGAUCUCUCUCCAUCGAUCGCCUUAUUAUCCCCUACUGUUAUUGACCACACAUGAGCCACCGUAGAAUCGCAGUCUCUUGUUAAUAAGACAGAUGGGUGGAUACUUCUAACCCAAUCUACCACAGGGCCAGAUCCUACCUGACAUCUUACCCACAAUGCAUCCCUCUGCGGCCCCAGACAGUCCCCAUAAUGUACUGCUCUUGUCCAGUUAGAGAUUGUACAGUGUGUUAUAUGACAGGUCAGCAGGAUUCACAGAUGUUCAAAUCAAUCAAAUAAAAUGUAAUUUUUUACAUGCGCCGAAUACAACAGUUGUAGAUUUUACCGAGAAAUGCUUACUUACGAGCCCUUUCCCAACAAUGCAGAGAUAAAAAGUACGAAAAAUUUAACACAAUAACAAUAACGAGACUAUAUACAAGGAGUACCGGUACAGAGUCAAUGUGCAGGGGUACGAGGUACUUGAAGUAAUUGAGGCAAUAUGGACUGUACAUGUGGGUAGGGGUAAAAGUGACUAGGUCAUCAGGAUAGAUAAUAAACAGAGUAGCAGCAGCUUAUGUGAAGAGUGUGAAAGUGUGUCUAUUUGUGAGUGGGUGUGUGGCAUCAAUAUGCAUGUGUGUGUGUGUUGGAGUGUCAGUGUAGAAUGUGUGAGUGUGUAGGUAGAGUCCAGUGAAUGUGCAUAGAGCCGGUGCAAGAGAGUCGGUGCAAAUAAAAACGGGGUCAAUGCAAAUAGUCAGGGUAGCCAUUUGAUUAACUGUUCAGCAGUCUUAUGACUUGGAGGUAGAAGCUGUUCAGGAGCCUUUGCGCUCCGGUACCGCUUGCCGUGCGGUAGCAGAGAGAACAUUCUAUGACUUGGGUGGCUAGAGUCUUUGACAAUUUUUAGGGCCUUCCUCUGACACCGCCUGGUAUAGAGGUCCUUGAUGGCAGGGAGCUCGGUCCCAGUGAUGUACUGGGCCGGGCUGUACUCACUACCCUCUGUAGCGCCUUAUGGUCGGAUGCCAAGCAGUUGCCAUACGAAGUGGUGAUACAGCCAGUCAAGAUGCUCUCAAUGAUGCAGCUGUAGAACUUUGCCAAAUCUUUUCAGCUUCCUGAAGGGAGGAGGCGUCGUCGUGCCAACUUCACAACUGAUUUGGUGUGGUUGGACCAUGAUAGGUCCUUAGUGAUUUGGACACCGAGGAACGUGAAGCUCUCGACCCGCUCCACUACAGCCCCGUCCAUGUGAAUGGGGGUGUGCUCGGCCCUCUGUUUCCUGUAGUCCACGAUCAGCUCCUUUGUCUUGCUGACAUUGAGGGAGAUAUUGUUGUCCUGGCACCACACUGCCAGGUCUCUGACCUCCCAAUAGGCUGUCUCAUCAUCGUCGGUGAUCAGGCCUACCACCGUCCUGUCAUUGGAAAACUUACCAAUAACCUGCCACUGGCAUUAAACAAAGCAUGUGUGUCCAUGUAUGCAGAUGAUUCAACCAUAUACCCAUCAGCAACCACAGCUAAUGAAGUGACUGAAACCCUUAACAAAGAGUUGCAGUCUGUUUUGGAAUGGGUGGCCAGUAAUAAACUGGUCCUGAACAUCUCUAAAACUAAGAGCGUUGUAUUUGGUACAAAUCAUUCCCUAAGUUCUAGAGCUCAGCUGAAUCUGGUAAUGAAUGGUGUGGCUGUUGAUCAGGUUGAGGAGACUAAAUUACUUGGCGUUACCUUAGAUUGUAAACUGUCAUAUGACAGUUAGAUGACAUAUAGAUUCAAUGGUUAUAAAGAUGGGGAGAUGGGGAUGCUUUUUUGACACCACACUCCGAAAAGCAAGUCCUGCAGGCUCUAGUUUUGCUUAUCUUGAUUAUUGUCCAGUUGUGUGGUCGAGUGCUGCAAGGAAAGACCUAGUUAAGCUGCAGCUGGCCCGGAACAGAGUGGCACGUCUUGCUCUUCAUUGUAAUCAGAGGGCUGAUUUAAAUACUAUGCAUGCCAGUCUCUCUUGGAUAAGAGUUGAGGAGAGACUGAAUGCAUCACUUCUUCUUUUUAUAAGAAAUAUUAAUGUGUUGAAAAUCCCCAAUUGUUUGCAUAGUGAACUUACACACAGCUCUGACACACACACUUACCCCACCAGACAUGCCACCAGGGGUCUUUUCACAGUCCCCAAAUACAGAACAAAUUCAAGAGAGCGUACAGUAUUAUAUAGAGCCAGUAUUGCAUGGAACUCCGUUCCGUCUCAUAUUUUUAAUUUUUUACCAGGUAUUUCACCUUUAUUUAACCAGGUGUUGAGAACAAGUUCACAUUUACAACUGCGACCUGGCCAAGAUAAAGCAAAGCAGUGCGAUAAAAACAACAAUACAGAGUUACAUAUGGGGUAAAACAAAACAUAAAGUCAAAAAUACAACAGAUAUUGCUUAAGUGAACAGCAAACCUGGUUUAAGAAAACAGAUAAAGCAACACCUCAUGGCACAACGCCUCUCCCCUAUUUCACCUAGAAAGUUUGUGUGUAUGUAUUGAUAUGUAGGCUACUUGUGCAUUUAGUAAUUUUUUUAAUUUAUGUAGUUCUGUUCUUGUCUAUUAAUGUUCUGUAUUAUGUCAUGUUUCAUGUUUUGUGUGGACCCCAGGAAGAGUAGCUGCUGCUUUUGCAACAUCUAAUGGGAAUCCUAAUAAAAUACCAAAUACCAAAUGAUGGUGUUGGAGUCGUGCGCAGCCACGCAGUCGUGGGUGAACAGGGAGUACAGGAGGUGCCCCCCUGUUGAGGGCCAGCAUGGCGGAUGUGUUGUUGCCUACCCUCACCACCUGGGGGCGGCCCGUCAGGAAGUCCAGGAUCUAGUUGCAGAGGGAGGUGUUCAGUCUCAGGACACUUAGCUUAGUGAUGAGCUUGGAGGGCACUAUGGUGUUCAACGCUGAGCUGUAGUCAAUGAACAACAUUCUCACGUAGGUGUUCCUUUUGUCCAGGUGGGAACGGACAGGUUGGAGUGCAUCAUCUGUGGAUCUGUUGGGGCGGUAUGCGAAUUGGACUGGGUCCAGGGUGUCUGGAAUGAUGGUGUUGAUGUGAGCCAUGACCAGCCUUUCAAAGCAUUUCAUGGCUACAUUUAGACAGGUUACCUUGGCAUUCUUGGGCACAGGGACUAUGGUGGUCUGCUUGAAACAUGUAGGUAUUACAGACUGAGUCAGGGAGAGUUUGAAAAGGUCAGUGAAGACACUUGCAUGUCAGCGCAUGCUCUGAGUAUGCGUCCUGGUAAUCCAUCUGGCCCUGCGGCCUUGUGAAUAUUAACCUGUUUAAUGGUAUUACUCACAUUGGCUACGGAGAGCGUGAUCACACAGUCGUCCGGAACAGCUGGUGCUCUAAUGCAUGGUUCAGUGUUGCUAGCCUCGAAGCGAGCAUAGAAGGCAUUUAGCUCGUCUGGUAGGCUUGCGCCACUGGGCAGCUUGCGGCUGGGUUUCCCUUUGUAAUCCGUGAUAGUUUGCAAGCCCUGCCACAUCCGACAAGUGUCAGAGCUGGUGUAGUAGGAUUCGAUCUUAGUCCUGUAUUGACGCUUUGCCUGUUUGAUGGUUCGUCGGAGGGCGUAGCGGGAUUUCUUAUAAGCGUCCAGAUUAGUGUCCCGCUCCUUGAAUGGUGUCUACAUCCCAAAUGGCACCCUAUUCCCUAUUUAGCACACUACUUUUGACCGUCCUUAGGGGUCUGUUCAAAAGUAGGAAACUUUAUAGGAGAUAGGGUUCCUUUUGGGACGCAGAUGUUGUCUUCCCUCUCAAGGAGUUCAUUCUCCUCCACACUCUUCCACUAUAAACACUACAUGACCAAAAGUAUGUGGACACCUGCUCGUCUAACACCUCAUUCCAAAAUCAUAGGCAUUAAUAUGGAGUUGGUCCUCCAUUUGCUGCUUUAACAGCCUCCUCUCUUCUGGGAAGGAUUUCCACUAGAUGUUGGAACAUUGCUGCGGGGACUUGCUACCAUUCAGCUCCAAGAGCUUUAGUGAGGUCGAGCACUGCUGUUGGGCGAUUAGGCCUGGCUCGCAUUCGGCGUUUCAAUUCAUCCCAAAGGUGUUCGAUGGGUUUGAGGUCAGGGUCUGUGCAGGCCAGUCAAGUUCUUCCACACCGAUCGCAACAAAAUAUUUCUGUAUGGAUCUUGCUUUGUGCACCGGGGCAUUGUCAUGCUGAAACAGGAACGGGCCUUCCCCAAACUGUUGCUAGAAUGUUAUUGUAUGCUGUAGCGUUAAGAUUUCCCUUCACUGGAACUAAGAGGCCUAGCCCGAACCAUGAACAACAGCCCCAGAUUAUUAUUCCUCCUCCACCAAACUUUACAGUUGGCACUAUGCAUUGGGGCAGGUGGCGUUCUCCUGGCAUCUGCCAAACUCAGAUUCGUCCGUCGGACUGCCAGAUGGUGAAGUGUGAUUCACCACUCCAGUCGACGCUUGGCAUUGCACAUGGUGAUAUUAGGUUGAUGUGCGGCUGCUCGGCCAUGAAAACCCAUUUCAUGAAACUCCCAACAAACAGUUCUUGUGCUGAUGUUGCUUCCAGAGGCAGUUUGGAACUCGGUAGUGAGUGUUGCAACCGAGGACAGACAAUUUUUACGCACUUCAGCACUCGGUUGUCCCGUUCUGUGAGAUUGUGUGGCCUACCAUUUCGCGGCUGAGCCGUUGUUGCUCCUAGAUGUUUCCACUUCACAAUAACAGCACUUACAGUUGACUGGGGCAGCUCUAGCAGGGGAGAAAUUUGAUGAACUGACUUGUUGGAAAGGUGGCAUCCUAUGACGGUGCCACAUUGAAAGUCACUGAGCUCUUCAGUAAGGCCAUUCUACUGCCAAUGUUUGUCUAUGGAGAUUGCAUGGCUGUGUGCUCGAAUGUAUACACAUGUGAGCAACGGGUGUGGCUGAAAUAGCCGAAUCCACUAAUUUGAAGGGGUGUCCACAUACCUUUGUAUAUAUAGUGUAUCUCAACCUUCCUACCUUCUAUGGAUCUCAUAGACGGUAUAAGAUCUAACCACAAUAAUAAUUCAUUACUAUUUAAUGAACUGUAUUUGGUGGUAUACUGUGGUUGUGCACUCUGAGUCUUUAUACGAUCCCACGUUACAGAACUCUCACAUCCCACAGCUAGAAUAGUUUCCAGGAAACCAAUAUCUCACCUUGAACAAAAAUAAGCAUUUGAUCCAAAAAAAGCUCUUAUUUCUCAUAGAAAUCCUUCAUCCUCCAUAUCUUGCUCAGAGCUAUCAGAAGUCUGAUUCUAUUUCUCAUCCUCACCUCCACGGGUGGACUGUUCUGUUCCCUCACACAGGGUCUUUGGGAUCGUUCCCUGCACAGUGAUAAUGGAAAAAGUGGAAAGAUUGAAUUUCCUGAAACUACUUUUGAUCCAAUGAUUCCAAUCAGAUAUUCCCAUCUCGCUUGUUGAAUAAUUGUGGCCUUUUGAAAAUAAGUAAUGUACCAGAAUACUAUUUUGCUUCUGAAAAGAAAGAUGAGAUAAAAGCGAUGGAGAUCAGUGCUCACUAUGAUGUUGUAGUGAGUUACUUCACUGUACCCAUAGAAAUAGAAUCUCAUUGUAGUUCUGUGACUGUACCUUUAGUGUGAAGAUCAUCCUGAAUCACUGGCCUUUUAAUGAAUGACAAGCCUGACAUUGCACUUGCUGUUAAAGUCAUUCAAAAUAUCCCAUUGCAUUUUAUGUCACUGAUUUGAACAGUAAUGCCCUUCUAUUGCAUUUCCAAAAUUGCCUCCAUUUCUUGUAGCCUGAUCAGUCUGACCCAAGUCCCUGUGAGGAGUGUAGUGACUAGUGAGAAAGUCUGUGUCCUGUGGCUUUACAGUACGGACCAAUCUAUCAGAACCCAGUGAAAAGCCUAAGAGCAUGGCUAACAGUGGCACAUGCACACACACCAGUGGUUCGCUAACAAAGAGCUCACUAAUUAUUUAGACAGUCCGACACAUUCCUGUGGGAACACAAUAAGACGAUUUAUAGACCACGCCAUCUUUUACCACGGACCCUGUACAGCCACAACAGCACACCUGCUCUGCUGCUAGACAGUAUCCACCCCCCUGGCCAUAACUUACGCCACCUAAUGGCCUAACACUCCCUUCACUCACCAAGGCCAUGGCUAUGCACCUGUCCUACUCAUGCACACACACACACACACACAAGCACACGCAUGAGCUGUCCUCCCCUCAGAAACCUCCUGUGAUGUGCAUAAACACACACACACAGAGACACACACACACACACACUCCCUCCUUCCUCCUCCUAAGGGCCCCGUCUGGGCUUGCAGGUGUCAUUUUUGUUCCUAAUGAUAAUGAUGACAGUCAGUGAAACUCUUUUAAGUAAAAGUGAAAAGAUAAGUUAUCAAUGGCUAAACUGAGCUUGUGUUAUUCAUUGACUCUCUUGUACUGGGAGGACACAGCACAAUACUGCAUGCAGCUGUGGUGGUUGAUGUAUGACACACACACACACACACACACACACACACACACACACACACACAGCUGCAGUGGUUGAAGUAUGUAGUUAGAGAGGAGAUGGAUGAGGCUGAACAAUUUUAGGAUGAACUCAUUAUAGUGGGCAGUCAGCCGGGUCCAUCCUGAUGGGCUAUUUAUCUAGUUAGCUGUUGGUCUAUUAUUUUAUAUUUUCUUUCCUGUUCGGCUUCUCUUCAUUCCUCUUUCUCCUUUGUUGUUCCCUCUUUCCCUUCUCUCCUCUGGCUCUGUGUGUUUUGAAAUGGUUAUUGUUCAUGUCUGACUGUUGUAUGUGAGAGAGAUAGUUAAAGGUCCAAUGCAGCCAUUUUUAUCAAAUCAUUUCAGGAUAACAAUUAAAUACCUUACUGUGAUUGUUUUCAAUUAAAAUAGUUCAAAAUUAACAAAAAAAGCUUAUCAGCAAAGAGCAAUUUCUCUAGCAAGAAUUUUGCUAAGACUACUGCUGAGCGAUUAACCGAAAUGUUGGUUAUUUUUUCAUUUUUUAAAACUAAUUGACCGACGUCGGUUCAGUUAUCCAUUUCGUUCAGUCUUUUUUCUGUGAGCUCAAUGUGCACAUUGCACUGCAGUUUCUCUAGAGAUAAAUCAGAUCAUGCCCGAACUGUGCGAUGUAGUAGGGAUUUUCCAACGGGUCAAUGUUCUACAUAGUUUAGGGCAGAAAACGUUAUAAUGAACGACAUAAUGAACUACAUACCAUAAUCCAUUGCGCGUCUACUUGUCCGGUCUGUGUUUCUUUUGCCUCAUGUCCACCAGAUGCAUAAAACUCUUUGGGUUCCGGCAGAAGUCAAUCAUUGUCAAUGGAGAAGUCUGCAACGCUACGUUGGGGGUGCCUCACUAGGCUGUGGUGCGUUGUGUGUACGUCAUGCGUUCAAUAUUUUCAAUUCGUGCUUUGCUUUACCGUGUGGUGGUACAAAUGGAAGUACACACACAGACUCCAACUAGCUAGCUUUUAGCUAGUUGAAAAGCGAAGCACAUGCAUCAAAUACAGAAAAUUUGAGCUAGCCAUCCAGCAAAACAAAACGCAUAUACAUCUGGUGGACAUCGGGCAUUUUACGCCUGCUAGGUAAGAGACAGAUGAAAUCGCGAUCAAGAGGGGAUACAUAUAGAGUAGGUAUUGGUAUUCAGCAGUCAUAAAAGUAUACCUUAUUUACUUUGAAGAACAACUACAAUUUUGAUUUUGUCAGACAGCAUAGGCAGCAGCUGUAUAGAGAUCAUCAAAUAAAACAAAUGUAAUAUACACAACAAAUGAAAUAUUUUAUUAAAGUAAAGUACGGUGAGGGCCUCCAGAGUGGCGCAGCGGUCUAAGGCACUGCAACGCAGUGCUUGAGGCGUCACUACAGACCCAGGUUCGAUCCCAGGCUGUGUCACAGCCGGCCGUGACCGGGAGACCAAUGAGGCGGCGCACAAUUGGCCCAGCGUCAUCCGAGUUAGGGGAGGGUUUGGCCGGCAGGGAUGUCCUUGUCCCAUUGCGCUCUAGCGACUCCUUGUGGCGGCCGGGCACCUGCAAGCUGACUUCGUCGCCAGUUGUACGGUGUUUCCUCCGACACAUUGGUGCGGCUGGCUACCGGGUUAAGCGAGCAGUGUGUCAAGAAGCAGUGCGGCUUGGCAGGGUCGUGUUUCGGAGGAUGAAUGGCCCUCGACCUUCGCCUCUCCCGAGUCCGUACGGGAGUUCCAGUGAUGGGACAAGACUUUACUACCAAUUGGAUAUCACGAAAUUGGGGAGAAAAAGCUGAAUAUUUUUUUUUUUUGUAAGUAACGUACGGUGAAUGACUGUAGGUUAAUAAGUGAAAAGCAGUUACAGCAUUCAACCCACAUAAUACAUAGUGCAUUUAAUGAUACAAAAAAAAUAUCGAACCGAAACCGACCUCAAAAAGCACUAAUCGUUCAGCACUAGCUAGGACUGUCUGGGAGUGGUCUGAGUGGGGAGGGGAAAACUGAAAACUAGCUGUUAUUGGCAGAGGUUUGGAACUCUCUUUCUUAUCGGUCUACUAACUAAUUUACCACCUGGCAAUAUCACCAGGCAGGCCAAAACGCGAUCCAACCAAAAAAGCCAGACAUUUCAGGUGGUCUUUUCAAACCGCUCUUACGAUAAAAGGGCAUUAUCAUAACUUUCACCAUUUCACAGUAUAAUUCCAAUCUCAUAGUGUGGAAAUAUAUAUACAACAUAGGAAAAUCACGUUUUUGACUGCACUGGGCCUUUAAUUAUGAAUAUCUAUGAUUAAUUUCUUAAAGGGAUAGUUCAUCCAAAUUAUAAAAUUACAUAUUGGUUUCCUUACACUGUAAAGUAGUCUAUUGACAAGGUAUGACAGCAAUCCAUGCUUUGGUUUAGUUUCCCUGGCACUGUUUCCACUUGCUAACGUUUUAGCAUUUGUGGCACAAAUCCCAUUCAAGUCAUGGGACCGAUGUUAGCAUUUUUCGCGCAUUAUGUUCAAAUCAUCUAUUUGCCUUUUUUGAGCUUCACAAUUCAUUUUAGAUACCUUUGUGUCAUUUUGUAAUUUGGGUGAACUAUCCCUUUAAUAUUAAUGAAUAUAAACAUAAUGUAUUUAUAUCCAUACAGAUAUAAACACACACAGCUAUGUGAGAGAGACGUGGUCGUCGACGGCAACUGUGGCCGGACAGUAUCAGGGUGUACCUCACCAUGGCGACCCCCAACUGGACCUCUCCUCCUUGGUCCCCCUGGAGACGGAGAGUGGGGAUGGGGAGAAGGUGGGAGAGGAGAACAUUGUGUACCUC